AUGGCGUCGCCACGCACACGGCCGUCGUCGGAGCUGGUCUACAACACCAUCAUAGACGUGCUCCUCCGCCUCCCGCCGGAAGAGCCAGCGCACCUGGUCCGCGCCUCUCUCGUGUGCAAGCAAUGGCGCCGCGUCCUCACGCACCCCGACUUCCUCCGCCUCUAUGCGCGCAUCCACCGAACCCCACCGCUGCUCGGCUUCUUCAACCUCUGCUCCUCCCACUCCCAGUCCCACCCCGGGCCCAUCCCUUGCUUCGUCCCAGUCCCAACCACGGCAGUGGGAGCGGGCUCCCCUUCCUCCUCCUCCUCGGUGGCCGCAGCCGCCGAGGGAGCACUCGCGAUCGACCACUGCCCUUGGCUGGUCCUCGACUGCCGCCAUGGCCGCGUGCUCCUCCAGCGGCGAUACGUGGCGGACGACGCCCGCGCCUCCCUCGUCUGGGACCCCAUCACCGGCGACCGGCACGAGCUGCCCUGGCUCAAAACCGCCUCGAGGUCCUCCGCGGUGGUGCUGUGCGCCGCCGCCGCCGACGGCUGCGACCACUUGAGCUGCCGCAGUGGCCCUUUCCUCGUGCUCUGUGCUGACGUUGGCCUCCACCAUACCCCGGCCGGGUGGCGCGCGCGUGCCUGCGUCUACUCGUUGCAGCUCCGCGCAUGGGGCGCGCCAGUUCUCCGUGGCUUUGAUCAUUUCCACCAGAGCCGUGCCGUCAUCAUCGGAGACCAGGUCUACUUGUUCCGGUUGUUCUUGGGUGACCAGAUCCUGAAAUAUGACCUGCACAGGCACUGCUUGUAUGCGAUUGACUCGCCGGGCUUCUAUAAUCUAUAG